AUGUCUUCAAAUAUAGGCUUGAAUAUCUGGUUUGCAGGAACAUUCGCCGGAUUCAGUGUUAAUUUGCUCUUCUUCCCUCUUGACACAUUAAAAACACGACUACAAUCACCCCUAUAUCAGCAGACGUACAAAAGCUCGACGGCCAUCGCUAACCGUGCUCUCUACCGCGGUCUGUAUCAGGGCAUCAGCGCGGUAAUUCUCGUCGCUAUACCCUCUUCCGGCGUCUUCUUCACAACUUAUGAAGGCCUCAAAUAUGCUCUCGGCUCCUCCUGGAUUCCUCAACCCGCAGUACACUCAAUCAGCAGCUCUAUAGCCCAACUUUUGAAUUGUGCUGUCGUGGCACCAGCCGAAGUACUCAAACAGAACGCGCAGGUCCUUAUGCAAGAUAACCGGCGGAAAAAGAAAACUUCUCCGACAAUGGAAGUGAUGAGACUGCUAAGAAAGCAUCCUGCAAAGCUAUGGAGAGGAUACACUGCGCUUGUCGUACGAGAUCUCCCAUUCACAGCACUUCAAUUCCCGGCGUUCGAAUACCUCAAGAGAAUCUUGAUUAACUGGCGUUCGACACAGAAAGAUGGUGAAUCUUUUAAAGAGGUCUUUGAGCAUGCAAAGAUUUCGGCAGCGAGUGCCAGCAUCGCAGGUAGUGCUGCCGCGUGGAUUACGACUCCGUUUGACGUGGUCAAGACGAGAGUGAUGCUUGAGGUUGGUGCAAAGCACCAAAAUGAGCAUCCUGUAGGAGUUUUGGCGCCUACCCAAGGCAGAGAUGCUGCCCGCAGAAGCGGGCUUCAAAUCUUUGUGGAGGUCUUUCAGAAUGAAGGCAUGAGAGGGCUGUUCCGAGGUGGGGGGAUACGUACUAUGUGGACGUUUAUUGGAAAUGGCCUGUAUAUGGGUUCCUAUGAAGGCGCUAGAUUCUACUUAGAACAUCGACGAAAGGCCACCGAGGAGGACUAG